ACCCCCCAAAACUCUCAGGGCCCCCCCAAAAAAAAGUGGGUGCCUCCCCCCCCCCCCCCAUGGACAUGCUCGACCCCGGGCUGGAAUCGGCGUCCGGCUCCGCUGCCCCAAGCCAAGAGAAAAACCAAGAACCCGAGGAGAGCGUCGAGCUGCAAGAGGGGGGGGCCUCUCCGGGCUCCGAGGCGGCGGUGGCCAUCGCCAGUGUCCCCGUCCCGGGGGGCUUCGGGGACGCCGCCCUCCAGUACCAAUUCCGCUCCGAGAGCAACGGCGGACAGGUCACCUACCGGGUGGUUCAGGUGACAGAGUCGCCCCUCGAUGGCCCCGAAGGAGCCGCUGUCAGCGUCGUCUCCACCUUCGCGGGAGCCACACAGGCGGUGAUCCAGAACCCGUUCAGUAACGGGGGCAGCCCCGGCAGCGAGGGCGGCGCGGAGGCGCGCUUCGCCUGGGGGGGGGACGGCACCGUCGCCGUCCAGACUGACCCCACCCUCGCCCAGGCCGGAGGGCAGUUCUAUGUGAUGAUGACCCCCCAAGACGUGCUGCAGCCGGGGACCCCCCACAGCAUCGCCCCCCGCGCCCACCCCUACUCGCCGAAGCUGGAGGGACCCCGUGUGCCCCGCGAUGAGCGACGGCGAGCGCAGCACAAUGAGGUCGAGCGCCGUCGCCGGGAUAAGAUCAAUAAUUGGAUCGUUCAGCUCUCCAAGAUCAUCCCCGACUGCGGCGCCGACAACAGCAAAACCGGAGCGAGCAAGGGGGGGAUCCUGUCGAAGGCGUGCGACUACGUGCGAGAGCUGCGGCAGAGCCACCAACGCCUGCAGGCGGCCGCGCAGGAGGCCGAGCGCCUCCAGCUCGACAACGACCUCCUGCGCCAGCAGAUGGAGGAACUGAAGAGUGAGAAUGCGGCGCUUCGGGCGCAGCUGCAGCAAAGGGGGUUGGAGGGGACCCCCCCGGACGGCAGCGCCCCCUGACCCCCCCCAGGGGGACCCCCAAAACCUCGGGGAACCCCACGAGGACACCCCCCAACCUCGGGGACCCCCACAAGGAGCCCCCUGAAACUUGGGGACCCCCCCAACCUCGGGGACCCCCCGGGACACCCCCCAA